GCAAUCAAACAUCGGUGACCGCAUUCAUGUAACAGGUGAUCGGCUCAACGGGUUUCAGUAUGAAUAUAUCCGUAACUACAAUGUUUGCGAAGACGAUAGGAACCCUAAUGCAUUCCCUAUCGGGCUGGUGUCGGAGACACAUAUGGAUCUAGCAAACAAGGACGGAACCGUUACCUCAAGCGAAGAGGAUCCGAGAGAGGCAGAGAAUGCUGUUUUCAAUGCAUUUGACGCGGCUUGUAGUACCUCCUAAGAGGAUGAGAGUUAAAGAUUGUCAGUGGUGGAUCAAAGAAGCAACUUCGCAUUUAGUCCAAAUAGGAAUUAUGUUACCAUUGGACGAAAGGCACGAAGGGGAAACUCCGAUUUUAAGAGUAAGUAGCCUGCCACAGCAUUAAUAAAGCUAGAUGCUCCAAUAUACGGUUGGAUUUUGCUAGCCGGACCAACAUCAAUAGGUACCUAACGUGCACUGGUUUGUGGCGAAGAAGCGUGGCUGUGGGCUUUUAAGCCAACUCAAGGGAGGAUACGUAGGCUGCCUGUUCACCAAGGUCCAAGGUCAGCAUCAGACCGACUACCUACUCGUAUUAACAGUUAUAAAAAAAGAAGUAUGCGGCACUAAUUGAUCCUAAAUCCUUGCUCGGCUCCUUAGACAUGGCUGCCAGGAACACCAUCGGUGUAGUGCCCAUAACGGUGCGAGUGGCAGAAUUACCCAGGGCAGAAAAUAUGGUGUUUCCUGAUUCUUUAUUUUUUAAGAAAAAUGAGCACGACCUUCCUUCUCCGAAGGAAAUUCGAGAAAAGGAUAUCGAAGUCAAUAGUUUUCGCGCACGAUCACCAAGACCUCCACCGAUCCUGUUCGAAGAACUAGGACUUGUCGUCAAAUAUGGCUCAGAGAUCACAAUAGCCGAAGCACAGUGUCUGUGGUAUUUCAACAAAUACAUGAAAGAUGCAGUGCCUACGCCGGAACUGUACGGGUGGUGCCAUGAUGAAGGCGAGACAUUCAUCUAUAUGGAGUUUAUUAACGCCGACACACUAGAAGACGUGUGGCCAUCGCUUAACCAAGAAGACCAAAAUAUAAUUUGCGAGCAGCUCCGUACGUUCGUGGAGGCGUGGCGCAAUCUCCGUCAAGAGACGGAACCGUACUAUGUUGGACAUAUCGGACGUCAAGGAGUAGGGGACAUUAUCUUCAGUGACGCGGGUGACCCGCACGCCGGCCCGUUUGAAGGCAUAACACAAUUUCAUGAUUUCUUUGCGCGUUACUCCUGCCGCCAGCAUCCGGACUGGAACCCGCGGCGUGACUUUCCCGAGUUGGCCGGCUUGACGGAUGACAGACCGGUGGUAUUUACGCAUAGCGAUCUAGAUAGGAGUAACAUACUCGUCUUUCCGAGGGAUGGAGAAUCUCCGCCUCACGUCGCCGCCAUUAUUGACUGGCACCAAUCAGGAUGGUACCCGAGCGAUUGGGAAUGGCUCAAAGCGGAAUCGAGGUGCGAGGCUUUCUGGGAAGGGGGCCGAGACACGGCCUGGCUACUGCGGAUCAUGACGCCGGCAGACAAAAGCUAUCAAGCAGCUUGGGAAUUCAUUACUGGCUCUUUGGGCUUCUAGAUCUGCUCAAGUAAGAAUAUAUAAUAUUAAAACCGUUGAUUACAUCAAUAAUUGACUUACAAUUCAAAGGUAGAUAUUGUGCCACUUUAAGGCUCAGACGCUUAGGGGAUCGGCUCUCCUACUAAGUAAUUCCUCUGUUUUAGCUUCUUAUCAUAGUCACCUACAUAAAAACUGACGCUUAAGUGUUUUCGACUUUGCUGCCUCAUUUGUC